AUGCUCUCUCGUCCAUGCGCUGAGAAUGCAAGCUUGAGGAGAAAGAGUGAAGCGAGAAAGAGGACCUUGCCUUUGUACUAAAUAAAGAAGAGUUGACUGCCUUCUUCUUUUUUAUAUAUAAGCAGAGUUUGCAUGCUGCAAAUAGCCCAAUAAGCCGGUUACAUAUUUUACGUGGGAGCGAAUCUGCGGGUCCAAGUGGAGGCGAGCUGGUCUCACGGACAACAAAAGCGGCUCUUCUUUCCUUUACCAGGAUUUUUCUUUGCCGAUCUCCUACAUCGCUUAAAGGCGAACAAUCAAGCGUCGCUUCCCCGCCCCCCUCACCCCCAACCCCGAUCUACUCGUCCGCCGAACCGAACCAUCAUGGCGGCCGUCACAAGCCCGGAGACAAGCCCUCAGCCCCGGGUGUAUUUCCAAACGCCGGCCGGCACCACUGAGGAGCCCGAGACCCCGGUUCGCAAGCAGGGACGCGUCACCGUCAAAUACGACCGCAAGGAGCUGAGGAAGAGACUCAACCUGGAGGAGUGGAUCAUCGACCAGCUAACGGACCUCUACGACUGCGAGGAGGAGGCCAUCCCGGAGUUGGAGAUAGAUGUGGAUGAACUGCUGGACAUGCCCAGUGAUGUGGAGCGAGCCGCCAGGGUCAAGGACUUACUGGUGGACUGCUUUAAACCCACUGAGGACUUCAUCUCAGAGCUCCUGGACAAGAUCCGAGGGAUGCAGAAGCUCUCCACGCCUCAGAAGAAAUGAUGACGUCCCUCCCUCCUCUUCACCCACCUCCCUUCAUCCCCGUCUUCCUCCCAACUCAGCCUCUCCCCUCUUCUUUGUUACUUUAUUCUAACACUAUUGGAUAUGUUCACCUCCUUUAUUCCAUCUACACAUGGGAAACUAGGAUGAGGACAAAGUAGGCAAUCAGCUUGAAGCACCAGUGGGGGGCUUUUAGUAAAAAAAAAUAAUUCAUCGUCUGCCUCUGGGGUUGAGGGGGUGAUAUUUACUGUACACCACCUACGCCUCCUUUUCGUCACCCCUACGCAUUUGCAACAGUGGUGCAUUUAAAGACUGGUUCUGACCACUAACAAUAACACGGUGUAUUUUUAGACCAGCGUCCGCAGAGUUGAAUGAUUUGUGGAGGCAAAAAGAUUAAAAAGUUUUUUUUCCUAUAAUGUGCACUGUGGUCCAUAAUGGAGGCCUGCACAUUUCUUUUUUGGGGCGAGUGGGGGUGGUCUUUUCUGCUGUUCUGUAUGAGAAAGUCGAUUUUUUUUUUUUUAGUAAAGGACUGGUUCCUGUUUUUAAAAUGUCAUUCGCUCUGACAGUCCCACAACUAAGCUGCCUUGUUGUUUUUAUGAUGAUUACUAUUAUUAUUUCCACUCUUGAUCCUUUUCCCCUGCUGCAAAUGCUGCUAUCCUCCCUUUCUGACCAUCUUCAACCCACGUCAUUCUUCUGUGCUCGGCUCAUCGUGGUCACAUGAGCAGGGAAAAUGUCACCACAGCCACGUGGACGCUUCAUGACGUCAUCAGGGGGCGGGACAAAGGGAGGGCUAGUUCAUGUUUGAACUGGAGUUAAAUGCGGAAACACAUGAAUAAACACAGCUGUCCCACACAUGUGCACACACACCCGGCUGUGAAUGUGUGUGUGUGUAUAUGUGUGUGUUCAUAGCUGCAGCUGCCAAUCAUGUCAAAGAAUGAGCCAUCUGGUUGGCCACUGAUAGGCGGCCAAUAGGAGAACAUUUGCUGUGAUUCCUGUGACCAAUCGCCAACACCUGUGGUGACAGCAGAGCUCAGCCGUCUGUCACACACACACACACACACACACACACACACACACACACACACAAACCAUUGUGUCCCUUGUCUUUGCUCUCCUCUUGACAUGUUUUCUUCCUUGUUUUUAAAGAAACAGAUGUUGCCUUAGGUAUUAUUUAUGUUCCACAAACCAAAUAAACGUGAGACAUUCUCUCUCUUUCUUUUUUUUUUUUUUU